AUGCAAUACCUAGCUCUUCCAAUGGUUCUCCGUGUCAACACUCGACAACCAAAGACACUGACGAAAGUUACCAUGUCGGUUGCAUUGAUGGGACUGUAUUCCUACAUAGGUACUACAGUAAAAAAAAUUAAGAUACCGAAAACCCGAUUAUAUUUAACCCAAGUUAGUGUUCAAAUCCAGAAGUCGAACUCAAAAAUAACGUUUGCUGAAAGGCAACUAUCAAGAUGUUCGUCUAAUAUUUUAAAUCGCAGUAUAUUGUUGUCUGAAGUUCAUCUUCGACACAGAAAUUUACAUACAAGUAAAAUUUUGAACAAAGUCGUCGCUUUCAAGCUCUCAGACAUCGGUGAAGGUAUACGAGAAGUCGUUAUAAAAGAAUGGUUCGUGAAGGUCGGUGAUAAAGUGCAGCAGUUCGACAAUAUCUGCGAGGUGCAGAGUGACAAGGCAGCUGUGACUAUCACCAGUCGGUACGAUGGCGUGGUCACUAAACUCUACCACGAUGUAGAUCAGACUGCGUUAGUGGGACAACCACUUGUUGACAUUGAAGUGCAGGGUGCUUCUGAUGAAGCUUCUUCUGAGUCAAACGAGAAACCAGCUGCAGCUAGUCAACAAGAGCAGAAAGCGGAUAAGCCCCAGAGAGUAAAAGUUCUAACUACACCUUCUGUUAGAAGAAUCGCUGCACAGUUCAAAGUAGACUUAAGCACCGUUAAAGCUACGGGUAGAAACGGAAGAGUUCUCAAGGAAGAUAUGCUGGCCCACUUGAAUAUAGACUCGGACGGCUCUAACAAAGUAUCUGAUCCAACAAGUGUGGAUGCAGUGCAAAUACCCAUGACUCCAGCUCAAGCUAAGGUCGAAGUUCUAUUGGAAGACCGAGUCGUUCCCGUUAGUGGUUUCACUAAAGCCAUGGUGAAAUCGAUGACUGAAGCAAUGAAAAUCCCACACUUCGGUUACAGCGACGAGUACGAUGUUUCCAAAUUAGUCGAAUCCCGGGAAUCGUUGAAGAACUUAGCCCUAUCUCGGGGGGUGAAGUUGACGUAUAUGCCAAUAAUCAUCAAAGCCGCUUCCUUGGGGUUGGAGAAUAUACCUAUAUUGAACAGCAGCCUUGACAGCACUUGCGAACAUCUCACUUAUAAAGCAAGUCACAACAUUGGAGUAGCAAUGGACACGCCAAAUGGUUUAGUAGUUCCUGUUAUUAAGAAUGUUCAAAAUAAAACUAUACUAGAAAUAGCUCGUGAGCUUAAUACUCUUCAAGAAAAAGGAUCUAAAGGACAACUAGGACUCAGCGAAUUGUCUGGGGGAACAUUUACCUUAUCGAACAUUGGCAUUGUUGGCGGGACCUACACCAAACCUGUUAUAUUGCCACCUCAAGUAGCCAUUGGUGCACUUGGAAAAAUACAGGUACUACCAAGGUUUGAUGAGGAAGGCAAUGUAAGAAAGGCUCACAUACUGACAGCAGGCAGUAGUGGCCGCAGUACCAUAUUGGGCUUGCCCCGCAACAUGGGUUGGUCUUCCUCUAUGGUUGUCUAUUGA